AUGAUAUCAAUAUUAGAAAUAUUUCCAACUGAAAUUUUAUUUGAAAUAUUUGACUAUUUAACAACAUAUGAUAUUUUCUAUUCAUUGAAUAAUUUAAAUAAACAAAUCAAUGAUAUUAUUCAAUUAUAUCCAUUGAAUUUAAAUUUUCAACAAAUAUCACGAUCAAAAUUUGAUUUUAUUUGUCGAUAUAUUAAACCAGAACAAGUUAUUUCAAUAUCAUUUUCUGAUGAAAUAAUGCCAAAUCAAGUUGAAUUAUUUAAACAAUAUUUUCCAAAUUUUCAAUAUAAAUUUAUUUCUUUAAAAAAAUUUAUUUUUAAUAAUACAUCAACAAUUUUAUCUCAUCUACCAACAAGUCUUACUUCACUAUCAAUUAAAACAUAUUUAAAAACAAAACAAACUGAUUAUCUUAUUAUGCAUACACUCAAUCAACAAUCACAAUAUUUAACUUAUUUAAAAGUUGAUGGUUCAUAUGUAUUUCGAUCAAUUAAUACUUCAUUUCCAUUAUUAACACAUUUAAUUAUUGAUUAUUGUACAAUAACAGAUUUUCAUCGAAUUCUUCAUUGUCUUCAAUCACCUAUAAUUUAUUUAAAACUUUCUUUAUAUAAAGAAGAAAAUUUAACAUUAAUUAAUUUUCAAUCAUUAUCAAAAUCACUUCUACAAUUAUCAUUAUUAUUUUCUCAAGAAAUUCUUAUGUCAUUUCAAUCAAUUAAACAAUCGAUUGAACAAUUAGAUAAAUUAAUAUCUUUAACAAUUCAAGCAACCGGUACAUUAGAUUUAAUGAAUGGUCAGUUAUGGGAAGAAUAUCUUAUUGAAAAACAAAUCAAAAUAUUUAAUUUUAAAUUUACACUUGCACAUCAUAUAAACUGUCAAGAAGAUAAACAAUCAUUAUUACAAACAUUUCGUUCAUUAUUUUGGCUUAAGAAAAAAAAUUGGUAUGUUGCAUGUGAAAAAGGAAAUUUUAAAUCUAGUCGUCCAAUACUUUAUUCUAUACCUUAUUUUCAACCAUCAUUUAUUUUUUAUCCAUCAAAUAAUUUUUUAUCUGAUACAAUUAUUGAAAAAGAAAUACAUUCGAAUCAUAUAUUUAAUCUUAUUUUAACAUUUUAUAAAACAAUAACAAUACCAACGACACCAUUUACUAAUGUUUAUUCAUUAACUUUAUUUACAACAACUUUACCAUCAAUUGAAAUACUUCUAGCAAUUGUUAAUCUUGAACAAAUACAAGAAUUAGAUGUAUCAUUAAUAAAAAAUCUUUCAAUUGUUAAUUUUCAAAUAUUAAUUGCUUCAAUGAAGAAAUUAAAAUCUAUCAAAAUGCAAUAUAAUCCAUUUUUUUGUCCACCAUUACAUAUUGAUUCGUAUAUAUUUAUUCGAAAUGAUCGUGAAAUUUUUGUUAUCGAUGAAAAUAAUCUUGAUAGAUUUUGUUAUUUAUUUUAUUUUAUUAAAUACUUAGAAAUAACUGUUAAAUCGAAAGAAAUUAUUCUUCAAUUACUUAAACGACUUCAUUAUUUAGAAAUUGUUAAAAUUUAUUGUUAUCAAGAUUACUUAAUUAAUAUUAAAUAUAAUUGGUUUCAAGAAAAUAUUCCUAGACUUAAUACAAAUUAUUUUACAUAUCGAACAACAUCUAGUUGUCUUAUUUUAUCAAUUGGUGAUAGAAAAAUAAUGAAUGCCAAAACGAUACCAGAAACUAUCGACGAUGACUCUGUAAAACCUGGCUGUUAUAAAAUUCGUUCACAUUGUGUUCUUCAAUAA